GUAAACACGCUGCUAACUGUCGUACUUUGCUUAGCUGCAGCCCAACCUGUCACACACACGGUAGCUUCAUUGAAAUUUAAUUUGCAAACGCUGCUGCAGAAAUACCAAUGGCAGACGAGGAGAAGUUACCUGGUGGAUGGGAGAAAAGAAUGAGCCGCAGUUCAGGAAAAGUCUACUACUUCAACCACAUCACCAACGCCAGCCAGUGGGAACGUCCGGUGGGAGAUGGCCGUGGAGAGCCAGACAAGGUACGCUGCUCUCACCUCCUGGUGAAGCACAGUCAGUCACGUCGUCCAUCUUCUUGGCGAGAACAAACUAUCACACGAACUAAAGACGAGGCCCUGGAGCUCAUUCAGAAGUAUAUAGAAGACAUCAAGUCUGGAGAGGAGAAGUUUGAGUCCCUGGCUUCUCAGUUCAGCGACUGCAGCUCAGCUAAGAAUGGUGGAGAUCUGGGAUUAUUUGGCAAAGGUCAAAUGCAGAAGCCUUUUGAAGAUGCCUCCUUUGCUCUCAAAGUGGGAGACAUGAGCGGUCCUGUUUUUACUGAAUCUGGAGUCCACAUCAUCCUACGUACUGGUUGACAGGAAGAAGCCACAUACUUUACUUUCCUCUCAAGUCUUCACACACACACACAGUCCAACCCAACCUGACCCGAUUUAUUUUAAUGAUCCACACCACCCAAUAAACAAGAGUUUAAUGGGAUCAUUUUGUUCCAAGCACUAUCGGACAUGUACGAACAAUUAAAUCACACUGAACAUCAAGGAGUAUCGCAGAUUAUUCCUGUGAGACCUCAAGCUUUUAUUAACCCUGGCAAUACCAUUAUAUAAAAACAUGAGUGCCUGUGACUCUGUUGAAGUGAUUCCUCCCGUGGAAACAGUUUCAUGUGAUGCGCGAUGUUUGAAAGUGCGUCUGUAAAAGCUUGUUUUUGUAUGUGCAUGUCUUCAAAAAAGGACCAUUUACUGUAUGUUUCCCUGUAACCUUUUCCAUUUCUACUGUAUGUGUGCCUGAACAGAUCCUCGAUCUUGUUUUGGAAAAUGGAUUCGUAAGAUGUUUAAAAUAUUUACAUAUACAGUAUACAUCCAAUACAUUGCAGUUUGAGAAAGUGCUGUUAUUCUGAGUUCUCUACAUUUCGCAUUGAUUUGAGUUCGUUAUCCUUUGCAGAUAUCCAGUAAGAAACGAUCAUUUGUUGUCAUAAUCCACUUUGAAAAGUGCAUGUGUCCUCUCCCUUAGGAUAUGCAAAGAUAAAGAUGGCACAGUUGAAAACUUCCAGGUUUUAACAAUCAGCUCUGCAGCUUUUAAAAUCAUCAAAGUUCAGAUGACCUGUAACACCGUCAUUAUUCAGAGUUUUUCCUGCAUCAAUAAAAAUAUCUUUUUAUAAG